CCUUCCCUUCCCUAGCAGUGCUGUACACCAUUGAUCAAUGAGCGAUCCAGCAGGCCCAGGCAGCAGUAUUGUAAGAUUGGACGCGAUGGUGUUUGUUUUGGCGUGGUGUCAGGGAGACGUUACUCUGGACUUUGUACAGUUUAGAACUGAAAGCUCACAACACAUCACAGCUUUGUCCACGUGGGAAUCGCUGUGCUGCUUCAUGGACGGCUUGCACCACCUUGUUGUCUCAGCACCCUAACAGAGCGGAGCAGGUUUCAGGGGCACCAAUUGCCUUGGAGUUUGAAGAUGAAGAGGACAAUAUCUUCAUGACUUGUUCUCCUUUGCACAGUCCUGACUGCUUCUUGUGGCACUAGCAUUUUCUUCAUGACCAUUCCUUUCAUUCCCUUCGUGAUGUUUUCCAAGCCGACAAAUUAUCACUGAAGUGUUCCUCUAUAUCCCAAACUGCUCUGUUUUUUUCAUUGGUCGAUCUGACAGAUACAGUUCAAUCCUAUAGAAUGCUGACUUGGCUAUUCUGAGCUGUAUCUUUGAGGCUCUUCACUUGUCUUAAUACCUAGCUGGCUGCACACUUACCAAACCACUACACCUGAACUGACCACUACUUCGAAUAUAAUCUAGAAAGGUUCAGUAAAAUGAAGUGAUAUUUCUUCUGCAUAUCAUUAGUUGAGAUUCUUUUCUUCUCUAUAUGUGCAUUUUCACCUUCCAGGCAUCCCCAACCUUGACUGUUGGGGCAUAUGCGACUAUAUGGCCCAAAAUAACAUUGUUUCUAGCGCCAAUGUUGCCUAUUCAUGUACCCUUACUUCCAGCACUUCCAAUACACCAGCUGGGGAAAUUGACCAUGCAUCAUAUAUGUUUGUAACGGAAAACAUGGGCACUUCUCCAGUUCCAAACAAUCCUAGCUGUUCUAGAAUGUCUCCAUCCUUUUUCUCACCUUCUGAACGUUUGAAAACUUCUUUUGAGACUUCCUUUGAUUCCCCAAAUUAUGUCACUCCUCCUAGCAAUCAUAUUUUUCCUACACAAAUUAGUUCUACUGCAGAUUCUGCAAUCAUGCAAAUAUGUGGUGAUCUCCCAGAUAGUUACUUAACUCCAGCCUCCCAUCUGAACCUUCAUUUUCAAGAGCCGCUUGAACCAGACAUGGUUUCUUCCUGUUCUGACAUAUCCGACACCAUUAGCAACAGACAUUUGUCUUCUUUUUGGACCAAACUCGAAAACUGGCCCCUUGAUUGUAAUUGCUCCCCAAGAAAGUCUGACAACCGAAUGGGAAUGGACGUUAAAUGUGAAAUAUGCAGUGGAUCCGUGGAAAACAAGGUCCGUAUGCAUCAGGACAAACAACUGUGUGAACAAUUCCUGGACUCCCUCUCACGGAUGGAGGAUUGGCUGAAGAUCACACAGAUGGUGGCCUCUCUUCAGAAUCCUUCUCGAACCCUUCACAAUGAUGCCAAACUGGCAUUAAGAAAAUAUGAGGAUCUCCUCAAGGAAAUUCGAGAGAAAUUACUAGACCUGGAAACACUGAACAGGAAAUAUUGGAGAAUCACACAGAUUUCUACCAAAAUGUUGCUUCCAACUACACUUCGAAGUAGACUGCAGGAGGUCAACCACUUCUGGGACUGUUUGCAGAAGGAGGCAGAGACCAUCUAUCAGACUUUGAAGUCCAAGGUCCAGCAAAGAGAGGAGUUUGAUACAGAUCAGGAUGAUCUGAAGCUGAGUCUGACUGAGAUGGACAUGGAACUUUCUAGUGUAGAGUAUAUCUACCAUGGUAACUCAACUGAGAAAAUCCAACAACUCAAGGCCUUCCAGGAAGAUGUGUGGAAUAACAUGAAGCGUGUAGAGGUUCUCUUAGAGCGUGGAGAUCAGCUCAUAUAUGAAACCGAUCCGCAAGAUGCAAUGGCCUUAGAGGAGGAGAUGACAGAGCUGGGCUCCUACUGCCAGGAGAUAUUCAUCCGCCUCUCUCGACUGCAGAAACGGCUUGUAAGCACCAAGCUGGUCUUUGAAGAUGACGUUCUCGAUAGUGGCUUUGAACAUGUAUCAUCUGGGUCAUCUGAUGUGUUCUUGGACCUUGACUUUGAAGAUGAGGCAGUUCCUUGUCUACCUAUUGUUCCCCCUGCCAAAGCAUGCUUUGCUAUUGAUCUAGAAUGGGACCCAACAGGGGAUGUUGGUAGCUCAGGGUCUCAUGAUGAGAUCUCAAAAUCUACCCCACUAAAAUUAUCACGGAGGCAUAAAUGCUCUGAGAGUAGCAUCAGUACUGACUCCGGGGUCACCAAUUCCAAACAUAGGAGCCAAGAAGACCUGUUGCCAGUGGAAGAAGAUUUACCUGCCUUCAUUGUUACUGGAGGCACGGUUAUCUCAGAGGGAUUUCGAAGACCUAAGAUUGACAUCCAAGUUCAAACAAUAGAUAACAGAGUUCUGUGCAAUGAUCUGCCAAGUUUGGAAUCAGGACAGUUGGAAGUCGCCUCCUAUUGUGACACACCAGAUUCGGAACACAGGACAGAUAAUCUCCUGCAUACACCGAGAUAUGACUGCACGAUGUCUGAUCAGGGAGCACAAGUUGCUUCUAAUAUCCAGGUGACCGACCACCACAUACAACACAACAUCCCUGGGCAGAGGAGAAGACAGGGGAGGAAAAAGAAGGUGACUCAAACAAAAGAGGUUAAAAGGAAGCAUCAGCCUGCAAGACAAGAUGUGUCAAUUCUCAUGGACAUUAGUGAUGACACAGCCAGUUUGAAGUCUCACAAAUCCUCCUGUGGAUGUUCAGGUGCGCUCUGGCUUUCAAUCAAAUGUUUGACCUUUUUGUCCCUUGUGUUCCUCCUCCUGUGUGGAUCACUAUUCAUCUUUCCUUUAUGCCAUACAAAAUGUCCUUCACAACGAUUUUCCUGGACUUUGAUGCUUUCCUACGUUAAUGGACCUCCACCCACAUAAGCAGACAUGGAGUAAUAUGCAAGAAGUUUGGGAGAGACACUUUGGACAUAUGAAAUAUGCUGGGCAAGGGACACAGAAAACUGUACCCAAACUUUAACCAUCUAUGUUCCAGUGGGCAAGGUCAGAAACUGACAAUGGUAUUGAUGCAACGGUGAAUGCACCCACGAGAGAAAGACUUCAAUGUAUAUAUUGUACAUUGGCAUCGAGUAAGAAAAUGUACAUAAUUUAAGCAGAAAAAGCUAGUCGGUUUGUGAAAGUAUGUAUUAUGGAUAAAAUAGAUUUAUUAAUGUGUAUGUCAAAGAUAAUGAAUGAGGUAAAAGAAAGCGAGUGUGUCUUUAUGAGCGAGUCCUGCUUUACACCGUGGACUAUUGGCCUGCAAUGCAAUUGAUUUAAAGUGGGUGUAAACCUGAUUCAUGAAAUUUGAGCUGGGCACAUAUAUCUGCAGUAUUUUGUUAUCUCUUCAAAGAGCCAAGUCCCAUACAGCUC